CAUUUCAUCUCAUCUCCUCUUGCAAACAACCCAACACUUUUGCCUUCAUUUGUGUUUCAACCACCAAUGGCCGAAGCAAUUGCUUUCGACAUUGCCGCGGGGCUCAUUGCCAAAUUGGGCUCCCGUGCUCUCUCUCAAAUCGGACUGUGGUGGGAUUUCAAAGAUCAUCUCGAAGAUCUCAAACGCACCGUCACCAGAAUCCAAGCUGUGCUGCUUGACGCGGAAGAGCGAUCGGUGACCAGCAAUGUUGUCAAAGUUUGGCUUCAUGAGCUGAAAGAUGCACUGUAUGAUGCGGAAGACUUGCUGGAUGAUGUCCAUACUGAAGCCUUGCGGAAGGAUCUGAUGAGUGGGAACAAGCUGACCAAAGAGGUACGUGUUUUCUUCUCAAGCUCAAACCAGUUUGCUUAUGGUCGCAAAUUGGGUGGUAAAAUCAAGGCCAUUAAGGCCAGAUUUACUUCCAUUCAAAGUCAGACCAGUGAGUUAAAGUUGGUAGAGCGUGAUCUUUCCGUGGAAACUCCUUUCACGGCCAAAAGGAGGCGGCAUACGCACUCUUUUGUGGGUAAAGAAGAAAUAAUAGGGAGGGACGGUGAUAAAGCAGCUCUUCUAAAACUCUUGCUAGAAAAAGAGUUCCAUAGUGAAGAGAAUGUUAUCAUGGUUCCAAUCGUGGGGAUUGGAGGCUUGGGAAAGACUGCGUUGGCGCAGUUUGUCUAUAAUCAUGAAAGGGUUAGUGGUCAUUUUGAGUUGAGGAUGUGGGUUUGUGUUUCCAAUGUUUUUGAUGUAAAAACAAUAGUAGCGAAUAUUAUCAAAUCCGUGACUAAUCAAGCACCCAAUCAAAAUCUCGAGAUCGAUCAAUUGCAAACACAGCUUCGAGAUAAAAUUGAUGGGAAAAAAUACUUGCUUGUUUUGGAUGAUAUUUGGAACGAGGAGGGAGAACAAUGGUUUAGCUUAAAGAAGUUACUGAUGGGUGGGGCUAGAGGAAGUAGAAUAAUAGUAACUACUCGCUCUCAUAGAGUAGCAAAGGUUACUAGUAAAUGUCAACCCUAUGUUUUGGAAGGUUUGUCUGAUGAUGACGCUUGGUCUUUGUUCAAACAAAUAGCAUUUGAGCAAAGAGAUGCGGACUCAACAAAUCCAGUCUUUUUGGAAAUAGGAAAGCAGAUUGUGAAAAAGUGUGGCGGAGUUCCCUUAGUCCUAAGGACUAUAGCUAGUACGCUAUCCAUUAAGGAAACUGAAAGAGAGUGGCGUUCUUUCAAAGAUAAUGAACUUGCUAGGAUAUCUCAAAAAGAUGGUGAAAUUUUGCCUACACUCAAGCUGAGUUAUGACCAUCUUCCAGCCCAUUUGAAGCAUUGCUUUGCCUAUUGCAGACUGUACCCAAAAGAUUAUAUAAUCCAAGUACAAACACUUGUUCAACUUUGGAUUGCACAAGGUUUUGUAAAGCAAUCAGAGCCGAAUCAAUCUCUCCAAGAGAUUGGGUUGGAUUAUUUUAAAGAGUUAGCGGAAAGAAGUUUCUUUCAAGAUAUAGUAGAGUACAACGGCGCAGAAAUGACAUGUAAAAUGCAUGAUUUAAUGCAUGAUCUUGCUGAAUCAGUAGCAGGGAGUGAGAGUAGAAUUUUAGACUCAAAUUCAAAUACAAGCGAGGUUGAUGAAAUAUAUCGUCAUAUAACAAUUGAUUUUCAAAUAUUUCCUUCGUUCAAGGGAAAGAAGUUACGAACUUUGUUGUCCUUUCCUAAACAGAAAAAUAGAAAUAGGAGUGAGACGAUUUGGAAUUUAAUAAUUUCAAACUGUAGGUGUUUGCGUGUGUUAAAAUUGGAUGAUUUAGAUCUUGAUAUAGUUCCACGCUCCAUUCAUAAGUUGAAACAUCUGAAGUACCUUGAUCUCUCUUGGAAUGGAGAUCUUCAGAUCCUCCCGAAGAGUAUUUGCAAGUUACUAAAUUUGCAAGUGCUGAAACUUGACCAUUGUUGGGAGCUUCAAGAAUUGCCAGAGAAGAUUGAAAAAUUGGUGAAUCUUACCCAUCUUUUAUGUAGCAGUUGUUGGAGUUUAACUCAUAUGCCACGUGGAAUAGGGAAGCUGACUUCGCUUCAGACGUUAAGCCGGUUUGUGGUGGAUGAACGUGGUUCCGAUGGUGCUGCUGCUGCUGCAGAUCUAAGUGAAUUGGGUGGACUUAACAAUUUGAGGGGAAAUCUAAGUAUGAAAAAUUUGGGAUUGGUGAAAAAUGCAAAAGAGGAGUUCAGGGCUGCUAAUUUGAAAGAGAAGCAACAUUUGGAAUCAUUGGAUUUAGAAUGGGGCGACACUACAGAUGAUGAAGAGAAGUCACUCGAAGACCUCCAGCCCCAUCCUAAUCUGAAGGUGCUCUAUUUGGAUGGAUGGAGGGGCAAUGCCAAGAUUCCGAGCUGGCUUUCUUUGCUCACAAAUUUGAAAGUCUUAUCUAUAGAACGAAGUCCCUAUUUGGCGGAAAGAUGUCAGAAGGACAUUGGUGAGGAUUGGCAUAAGAUUGCUCACAUCCCACGCAUUUGGGUGCAUCGGAGAUUGGUGCAAAACCUUGAGUAGGGCAUUGGAGUGUUUCAAGUAUAUAAAUAUAUGCAGAAAAAGAGCAUGAGUUUCUUCAACAGCUGAUCCAUUCCACUUGAUACCAAAUAAAUUUAUUCCGGAAGGUAAUCAAUAUCACCCAAUUCUUUACUACCCGAGUUCAAAAUAAUCCAAAAACAAGUAUCACUAAUCAUUUCGCCAUUAUUAUCGCAUUCUCUUUGCAGCAAAACUGACAAGGCUUUCUUAUGAUGUAACUAAUGUGAUGUGGACAGGACUAAGAAGCUUGCAAUGCUUGUCUUGCGGAUUGCUUAUUUUCAACAUGCUUCUACUCCAUGCUCUGCUUCUCAAUUGAUCAUGUAAAAAUGACAUAAAUUUCCUUGUAACUUUCGAUUGAUCCAAUAAAAUUUGACAUAAACGGUGACCAAAUUGAACAUGUCUCAGAUGACACCGACAUAAAUAUGA